ACCGACUGUGUCCAACAGGAGGGCCCAGAGAUUUGCAAAGUCCAAUCCUAGAUGCUUCCUUCCAUCCCUGCCCGCCUGCUCCCUCCGGACUUUAACUUUGAAGUGUGGAGAGUCUAUCUCGUGAAAUACGUGACAUAAUUAAUUAGUAUUAUCAUAAUCAAGAUCCCACCCCCACAACCACUAUUACCUCUCUAUCUAUUGCUCUCAUUUUUCUCGUGCGUUUCUCUCUCUCUCUCUCUCUCUCUCUUUACAUCCCCUCGCUUCCUCCUCUUUGCCUCUCGAAUAGCAUUUAUAUUCAACUCCAUUUAAAGACUUGAAAGCCCCAAAGCAUAACAACACCAUACACAACAGAACAGAGUUCAAACACCUCCCCAAAAAAUCGAAAAAACUUGCAAUGUCGAGAUCGGCCGUAGAGCUCGAUUUCUUCCGGAUGGAGAAAGAGAGCUCCUCGAAGAAGUUCAUUGAUCGCCGAAGAAGCUUUCGAGAUAUUCAAAGUGUGAUUUCGAAGCUGAAUCCCCAGCUCCUGAAGACCGUGAUCGCAUCUGGCUCUGUCGAUCACACCUACAAUAAUGUUGCCAAAUCCUCCGAAAAUUGCAACUUGUUCUUGUCCUCCAAGUCUUCGUUUUCGGUUCCCUCCACUCCCCAACAUGAAGACACUCUGGUCUUCCCUCCUGCUUUGCCUCUCUAUUCUCCUGCCUUCGGGAGCAAUGCCUCUGGUUCUGAACCAACUCCUGAAACGACCCCCAUGACGAUUUUCUACAACGGUUCCGUCACCGUUUUCGAUGUUCCGAGGCACAAGGCAGAGAAUAUCUUCAAACUUGCUGAGAAACAAGUCUCCAAAACUGUUGAAUCAGCAGCAGAUCCCAAACUUGCACUCUCUUCAACCGAUAAGACUCAGAUACUGGAUACCAUUAACGGAGAUCUACCAAUCGCCCGGAGAAAGUCGCUGCAGAGGUUUAUGGAGAAGCGCAAAGAGAGGCUAACUUUCGUGUCGCCUUAUGGAUGUCCGAAUGACUACGCAUCUUCGGGCCAGAACACAUCCGGACAGAGGGAGUAAUUCAGAUUAGAAAAAGAAGGAGAAGAAGAAGACACAGAGAAAUAUGCAAAAAUGUGGAGAAGACUAUUCCAAGCUUUAUUGACUUUGAUUUUACUUUAUUACCCACAAUAGUUGAACGUCUUUUAGCCAGAAGGGGACUGUUGUAACUGCACGUUUUAGUAGUGGAUGUAGGGGUUAAAAAAGAAUAGGAGGGCAAGGACAGGACUGUCUUUUGACAAUUGGCAUUGAACAAUGAACACCCCCUCUCUUUCCUCGCACUUUCCUUUGUUGUUUUGCGUAGACUUGAAGUGUACUCUGUUAUUUUAUGACGUUGUGUGUAUGUACACGAAUCUUUUCUUUACUUUUCUUUGGUUUGUUUAACCAUUUGUUAAUUCACAUUUAUUAUAGUUUCCAACGUUGUUUUUUGCACAA